AUGGAAACCAACAACCAACUGCUCAUUGGACUUAACCAACAAAUCAAAGAAUUACAAGAAGAAAAUCGUCGACUACACACGCGAAGGUUUCCUUCCUCUUCCCAAAAAAAUACCUUGAACUUUGAUAGUAGCGAACAAGAAAAAAAGAAUAAAAUAGUACAAGACAUUGCGAUACUACAGAAUUACCUUCAUGUAUUCGCAUUUGUCAAGGGGCGAAAUGUGAUCGUCAAUGAACGUGCUGCAAACAAUUUGUUGCCGAAAUAUUUUACGUCUGUCACCACUUCUGGUGGCAAAGUUUCAAAAACUCAUUUAGGUGCCGCUCUACAGCGUCAUUUGAUUGAAUUGGUAUUUCGUGUGUUGACGAACAAAUCCGAUAUUCAGCAGGAGCAGCCUCAACAACCAUACAUUCUUGUGGACAACAAGGAAAACAAUGAGAUAUUGAGUAACGAGUCAAAAUUAGAACUAAAAAUCUUGUCUGCCGCCGAUAAAUUAUUGGACUUGAUGUCGAAUCUUCGGCCAUCGAAAAACACCAAUAACGAAUUCAUGCUAGCCCUAUCGAACAAAAUACGUUACGAUCUCUUCUCAUCAAUCAAUCUUUACAGUAUCGAAAACUCCGAACGUCUCUACAAAGAAAUUCAACAACUUGUCCUCAAAGAGAUGAAUAAAUAUCGUACAAGUCUGGCAUUACUCGAGAAAAUCAAGCAAGAUUCCGAAAAUCUUGCCAUGAAAAUGGUAUCCCUAUUUUAUCAAUUCAAGAUUUUGGAUAUUAAAGAGGUGAAGUUCUUUGGUUCCGGCACGACUUUGGAUCGUAAAACUAUGGACGCUGGUUAUUUUGAUGAUGAUGAAGAAUACGAAUACCAGAUCGACAUUUGUUCUUUCCCGUUAAUUACGAUGAUUGGACCUGACGGUGAAGAACAGAUUGUUAGUAAAGCCAAAGUACUAUUACGACCUAAAAAUUCCUUGGCUUAUGAGACUUUGAAAGAUGUCGUCUUGCCAUUGGCCGUUUCCGCUGAACAACCUUCUCCUGCCGACAAUUCAUUAUUUUCACCAAUUGACGGAUAUGAUGUAGUGCAAUCGAUGACUUCUGGUUGCUGGCGUUCCGGUUCUUCAAAUUGCGAACCAGAAAAAGCGCAACUUCGUAAGGAGAGAGAUGAAUUGAAGAAAACGUGUGAAAUGUUAUUAAAUGGAUUAGAAUCUGAGAAAAAAUCUCAAGAAAAACAACGAGACCAAUUCUCAAAACAACAAUCUGAACUAACACAGACAUGCGAAAAACUCCAGUCGGAAUUGAAAACCCUCAAUUCGCAGUAUAUUAAUCUCUCCGAAGAACGAAACGUACUAGAGGAACAAAAUAAAGACGGUCUCAUCACCCUUACUAAACUACAAACUGAAAACGAGCAUCUCAAAAACGAAUUGAUCAACGAAACACGCGAACAGCAACGACGCGAUGACCAACGUGACGAACAGCUGAUGGAACUAGAGACAAAACUAGUUGAAAUCAAACGGCAAUCUGCUGCGCAAAUCGAAUUAUACAAAGAUCAGAUUGAGGCGCAAAAUGAGCAAUUGACCAGCAAUGUUGAACAGAAAGAAACUUUGAUAAAUGAGAUACGGCAAUUAAAGCAGGCAGCAGAAUUGCAUCGAAGCGAAGAACCAUCCUCUUCUCCGGUUGAUGAUGAAUUUGUGUUGGUGGAUUGA